CUCUAGCCAUCACCCUUAUAGCACCCCACUGAGCUCUAGCCAUCACCCUUAUAGCACCCCACUGGCCUUAGCCACCAUCCAGCCCCUAUAGCACCCCACUGAGCUCUAGCCAUCACCCUUAUAGCACCCCACUGAGCUCUAGCCAUCACCCAGACCCUAUAGCACCCCACUGAGCUCUAGCCAUCACCCUUAUAGCACCCCACUGGCCUUAGCCACCACCCAGACCCUAUAGUACCCCACUGAGCUCUAGCCAUCACCCUUAUAGCACCCCACUGGCCUGUAGCCACCACCCAGACCCUAUAGCACCCCACUGAGCUCUAGCCAUCACCCUUUUAGCACCCCACUGGCCUUAGCCACCACCUAGACCCUAUAGCGCCCCACUGAUCUCUAGCCACCACCCAGACCCUAUAGCACCCCACUGGCCUGUAGCCAUCAUCCUUAUAGCAUCCCACCAUCUGCUCACUUGCCCUCUACAGCACCCUGUUAUUCUGCUACCAAUCCCCCUCAGCCAUUUCCUCCCUCUAUAGCACCCGCUCACUCCACUAUUCCCUUCAUCAUCAGCCACUCAUCCACCCAUUAUCUUCCUCCCUGUCAACAUCUAGCUCCCGUAGCAGGCUGCUGUUCCCUUCUGCCCUAUAUUGCACCCCCAUUAUUUCUCUCUGUGCAUCUGGUAUCUCUGAUAUCUGCAUCUACCAUGGUUGGUUUGAAUUCGGUUCAGAGUUGACCAAGAUGACUGUGGAAGGUCAAACCCAGGAACCUUCUGUGUGGGAUCUGGCACAAGAAUGAAACAUGGCUGAGGAUUCUCAGAGAAACUUCCGCUCUGUCUACUAUGAAAAAGUGGGAUUUCGUGGUGUUGAAGAAAAGAAAUCAUUGGAAAUUCUACUGAAAGAUGAUCGAUUGGAUAUUGAGAAGCUUUGCACAUUUAGUCAAAGAUUUCCUCUCCCAUCCAUGUAUCGUAUCCUGGUGUGGAAGGUGCUUUUAGGAAUUAUUCCUCCUCACCAUGAAUCUCAUACUCUGGUGAUGAAGUACCGAACGGAACAAUAUAGGGAUGUGUAUCAUGCCCUCCAAGUAAUUCGGUUUAUCAAGGAUUCUACCCCACAGGUUGAAGUUUUCCUUCGCAUGCAUCAACUGGAGUCAGGAAGGUUGCCUCGAAAUCUGGCUUUUCCUCUGGAACCAGAAGACGAAGUGUUUCUUGCCAUAGCUAAAGCCAUGGAGGAAGUGGUGGAGGAUAAUAUCGACUGCUACUGGCUUGUCAGUAGUUUUGUGAAUCAGUUAAACAACAAAUACAAAGAUUCGUUACCACAGCUGCCAAAAGUUCUUGAACAGUAUUUGAAUGUUGAAGAUAACAGACUUCUGGCGCAUCUGAAGGCAUGUUCUGCAGUCAGCAAACUUCCUUACAAUCUUUGGUUUAAGAAGUGUUUUGCAGGCUGUCUACCUGAAUCCAGUUUACAGAGGGUUUGGGACAAAGUUAUUAGUGGAUCCUGCAAAAUUCUUGUUUUUGUUGCUCUGGAGAUUUUAUUAACUUUUAAAAUGAAGAUAAUGGCCCUGACUAAUGCCGAGAAGAUCACACAGUUUCUGGAAAAUAUUCCUCAAGAUAACACUGAUGCAAUAGUGAGCAAAGCUAUUGAUUUGUGGCACAAACAUUGUGGGACGCCGGUACAUUUGGUAUGAGAACGUGCUGCAGUCCUCAUGGUUUGGAAGGCCAUACCUUCUGAUGGUCCUUCCCUAGAUUAGUAUCUUUAGAUGUUAAAUUGUUUCACAUUUUUUGCUGUAAAUAUCAUGCUGAUUAAUUUUUAAACUGUUGCAGUAAAAAUAAAGACUGAGUUGUGCUAUGA